GAGCUGUAAGUUUUAUUUUUUUCAGAAAUCUCUCAGUCAGAACAUGCUAUAUCAUGUUUAGGUGGAAACUAGCUAGCUAACUUCAUACAUACGGCGCUCAGGAUUAUAAGGCGCACUGUCGAUUUUUCUCACAGCACAAAGGGUAUAUUUUUUAGAAAGUAAAUUGAUGCAUUUUAUUUAAAAUUAUUUUUUUAGCAAGUGGCUAAAAGGCAAUGUGGAUUUUAAGAGUUUAAGAGCCUUGAUCUGUCCUAACAGUGACUCCACCAGUUAGCUUUUUUCUUUGUUCGCUGAUCUAAUCAACUUUUACACUGUUUAAUCAUCCAUACAUUAAGAUGGACAUAUGAAGCUGAACCACAGACUUACCUGAACUGCAAGGUUAUUCUCCCAACUGGCAACCAUAGCCUGACAAAGGGCACCUAUUCUGUUCCUUUCCACCUCUAAAUGUAUUAUUGAUGGACCCUACUGAAGUAGCUAUGUGUUAUUUACAGUUUGAAAAUGAAAUAUUGAAAAAAAAACAAAGUCUUUUCCACAAUAGAUCCCAACCAGCCUCAAGAAGAAGGGAGAGAGAUUUAAUUUUGAGCAUCUAAAGAACCUGAAAGUAUGCCAGAUCUGACGUGCUAACUCAGAUGCUGUCUUCCGCUCAUUCUCUGUCUGAAACAACCUGUUUUAGCUCUUUCCUCUUUGAGGCACUUCUUCUGAUUGGCUGACACUAUUAAAGUGAAAGUUUGACCAGCAGGCAGUUCUGAUAUGGCAAAAGAUGGCCAUAUCAGGGAUACCCACUCUCUGUGACAUUAGAAAAAAAGAAGAAGAAAGAAACAGCAUCCUAAAGCCUGAGCAUUUGGCUCACAGGGAUUAGUUGUACAGUCACUGACCUCGUUAUUUAAAAGCAACGCAGGUUCACUUUAAAAGUAUUUUAGAGGACUGUUCUGCUUCCAGAAAACUGGCCUGUGCCCGACUUUCAGUGCCCUGAAAUCUAUAGUAGAGUCAUGAAGUAUUCAGAUUUGUUGAUUAAAGUUGUGUUAUUACCUUUUUCAGUUAUUAACUUUACCUAAAUAAGUUUAAGACCCCUUAAACAACAAAAUCACGAGAGCACACACUGUGUUUAAGGCUUUCAGCUCAGAUUCAAGCUGUUUCAAGCAGACUCCAAUUUUCUGGCUGUGUUCAUCAAAGAUUGCUGUGGGAUUGGGUCAACAUGGACAUGCAGGAUUAUAUAACGCUGAAAACCAAACAUAACAUGUGAGUUCCUGUGGAUCGAACGCCCCUGUCCAUUCAGAUCUAUAUUUCCUUUGUGCGUUGCCCAAGGCACUGUGAUGGUUUGGUGGAAAAUGGAAACCACAGAGCAGCAUACAUCCUCCAGAUAAGACUUAUCACUGCACAUGACAGUUAGAACCGUGGUCACAGAGUGACAGAAACAUGUUCUUGUACUUUACAGGGAUGUGAACACAAGUUAAUUCCUGGGAGGACUUUCAGGUCUCUUCUUUGGCUGUUAAAGGGUUGGCAUUAGUGCUUGAGCAGCUGUCAUUUGCAGGCUGUUCAGCCCCUGGUGUCUGUUCACUCCAGCAUGGUCUGCAGAUCAGCGAGCAGAAAAGUGACAGCAUUAAAGUCAGACGUUUUCAUUGUGGCCUGUGCGCUUUUCUUUUGAAGAAUUUACACUGGAUUGUCGGAGCAGGUCAGUGAUUUGAGGAUUUUCUGUCUCGGUCUGAAUUCAACAUAAGGCAGCCAGCUAAUCCCAUACACUGUGGAAAAAAAAGCUGUUUAGAAAAAAAUAAAUAAGACAAAGCACUCGCAGGCUGACCUUUGGACUCUUAAGUAAAGCUUGUAUCGCUUACACACACAAACACACACACAUACACAUGUCAGGCUGGAAAGAAACAGGUCAUGCUGCUCUGAUUAAGCUGUAAAGGAAAUGUACAUGAAUCCAGAACUGAAAAAUAAAUAUAUAAGGCAGCAGCUCUCAAAAGGGUGAAAAAUAUGGAGCGCAAUUAAAGUCUUUCUGGAACAAACUCUCAAUGCUUGGCAACCAUCUUGGUAACACCUCUUGGCAAUUAUUUUGAAGCCUCUAUAUCAGUGGUUCCCGAUCUUUUUUUGCUAGCCCCCCCUUUGUUUUACAAGAAAAUCUUCAUGAUGUUGCGAUGCUUCAACCUCUGCAUUUGUGUGGGAGCCGUGUCAAAAAACCUGUCCAUUAUGCUAGCAGUGUUGUUAACUUGUACACAACUUUGGUGACAGUGUAGGAUCAAGUGAAGAAGGCCCUGGUAACACAGGCCUACAGACUGGUCCAGGAUCAACUCAUAAUCAUGGUUGCUAGGUAAAAUGUCAUUCCUGGGCCGGUUAGCAAGAAACUCCUUGAGAUUGCUGAUCAGCUGAAACACAAACUGGAAAUACAGACUUCAAAGUAAAAGCUGAGUCUUUUGAAACGUGUUUGAUAAAACAUUCAUUAUGGGCGUUCUCUGUUUCCAGUUUCCUACUGCUACUUUUUGAGUUUUACUACUGCUUGAUGAUUAGUAAGCAGUAAGUAAGUGUUUGCACACAAGUCGGCAUCUUCCUUGUAAAUUACUGGCAAACUCAGCACCUCUUUGCAAGACGAUUUUACCUAACGACAGGCAGCAGCCUUCAGCAAACACCCACCGACUGAUUGGGAAAGACACAUUUUUCCUUCGUCACCAUUGGUUGUAUAGCACCCAAUAUGGAAGACUUUUCCCUAAAAGUCUCAGCUUUUUAAGCUGUUGCAGGAUUUUCCUCUCUUUAAUUAGAGGGAUAUAUCAGAGCUUCUGUGUGGAUAUAUCACUGAAACAGUGAAGAGCAACCUGACUUUGAACUUAUUAUGCACUUGUUAUAAAAAUCAAGAGAUGCACGAUUGGCUGAAAACACACCAAAAUGUGGUUUGUGCCAGGAGAUGUGAUGUCACUUGUGGCGUGAACCACCGACCACGAGGGCAACAGCAGCGGGUAGGACGAAGGCUUUACUUUCUCUGAGGUUUUAACUAAAACCAUCACCAACAGGGGGCAGAAUUUCACCAGUGUGUGGUCGGUAGAUGCCCGCCUAAUACAGCCCCCCCCCCUACCGCCCACACUACCACACUACCACCCACCUCCUUUGUUGGGCUUUUGUUGCUCUUUAAAAGUCAUCAAGCUUUUGAGCCUUUGUCAGGUUUGAUAAACUGGAUGGCACAGUGAUACAUAAACUUGUGCUCCCUUCUUUAAAGUCACUACACGUUUAUUUAGCCCAUAUUUUACUGCUUGUGUUUGGAUGUAAUUAGAAACUUAAUUUUUAAAGGUCAGCGCCUCGCCUGUGGGGAGCGCAGCGCCGUGACGAAGCAGCAGCAGAUGCAGUAGCCCUAUUCUUUUAAAGUAGGAGAUAAGGUUUAAUUUAAUGGCUUUUUGAAUGUCUGCUGCAGCCCGUGACCACUUUUAUAAGCUCACAAUCACAGGUUUGCACAGACACAGCAGCAUGGAAACAUUUAAUUGUUUUUUUGUGUUUUUUUGUGUCUCACUGGCUGCAUACCUGCAUGUCAUCAGAAUGAGAGGAUGAGAAACACAUAGCAACUUGCCACGCAAGGAGAGUUAUCUUUUUCAGUCUUCAUGACAAUGCCAGGUCGGGGUCAGGUGACCGUGGAGUCAGCACUCCUUUGAUCUUCUUUGGUCUUCAAAGCUUUGAGGCGUGUUUGGGCUCAUUAUCCCAGUGCAUUUUGAAUCCUUCUUCACAGAGAUGCAAACCAGAGGAAUAACAGAGUCUAUUUGACUUUAAUCUUCCCACCAGCAUGUUUCACUCUGCAUUUGAUCCCCUUAAGACUGGGUGAGUAAUCGGGUCUUUAAUUUCACUAACAAUUUCUAAUGAAACUGAAAGUGUGAUAAUCAGGAUUAAAAAAUAUAUAUUCUUUUUUAACCACAAAGCUCUCAAAACUAUCAAAAUUAGCCUGCCAAAGACUCCAAUCUUUCCCACUGGACAGCUUUGGAAAAUGUGAAAAAAGACAUAAAUUUUAGACUUUUAACUGUAUUUUGAUACAAAUUACAGCUUGUCCUGCUCACCCACAGUCAUUCAUACUACAGUAAUAAAAGUAAGAGACAAACAAGCAAGCGACAAGAAAGUUCUGAUUUAUUGUAACAGGGAUGUCUAGGCAGUGAGCUACAACAAGUCUUUCAAUAAUUUUUCACGUCUUACAAUUUAAGCCCAAAGAGCCGCGCUGACACAUUUAUUUAAUUUCCUACAGCAGCUUUUCAUUAUCAGAUCGUAAAACUGAGGCAUACUGUUGAAAUUGCACUUGUUUUUCGACUGCCAAGAUAUCUCAGGGAUUGCAGUUUAACUACUUUACACUGACAGAAAGGGGAGUUUCACCAGUUAGGAUCAAAGUGCGCUGCAUAUGGAUCCCAAUGUAAAAUUAGUUUGACAUCCCUGAUCUAGAAGAAAGUUUCUGUAUGCAAACCUGUUACAUACAGUUCUCCAGUAGUGGAGCAUUGCCAUAGGUGAUGGUUGUCAACUUUUCACGGUGCUCCCUUUGUUUCUCCUGCUGCUACCUGAGUCUCUAGUUGUGCCCUACAGUAAAGGCCCCUUCAGAGUCAAAAACACCUGUUAGCCUGACCUUUUUAUCCCCAUCCACCUUCGUUUUUCUUUAAAUCAUCAUUCAAAUUAUACCUGAAUUUCAUGCAAAUUCCCAGAAAGGAUGUGUUUUUAAAUGAUGUUAAAUGAUGUUUUUAAAUAAAAUGAUGUUAAACUGAAGAUAAAAAUGUUCAGAUAAUUAUAAUUAUGAUCUUUACGAUAAGCCAGCAGACCUCUUGUGUUAUUAUUCUCUUUCUCUUUAUUGCCUCUGACUGGGAUUUAGUCAAGUACAGUGAAUAUUAGUUGAGUGAAUUAUGUCAAAAGGAAUUUUUUUCUCCAUAGUUCACUGUGAAAUGCCGGUUCAUGAUAUUUAGCCUUGUUUUCCCUUUUGGGAAAACUUUCAGAAAAGCCCCUCGUCCUCAGAAUCUGCUAAUAGGGGCUCACUUUUUACUAUUCACUGUUCUCUCUCUAUUUGGUUCCAUCUUUAUUAAGGUAUGACAAAAAAUAACUAAAGAAAGGAAAUGAUACCUGACUUCAGUGUGUAUACAUACACACACAUGCGGAGCGUAUAUCUUUCUACACAUCCCUGUAACACGUAUAACCAGAGCAACAAAUGAAGCAGUUUCAUCCUACAAAUUGAGCAUAAAGUUCAGAAUGUCAACAGAGUGAUGCUCAACCUUAAUCCUCUUCAGAUCAGCUGAUCUCAGUGCCUGCCCACAUCAGCUGAUUUCUCGUCAACACAUCCCAUUGGUAAAUCUCACACAGGGAAUACUAUUCAAGCUGCUUUUGUCACAGUCCCAUGGUUCUGUGCUGUUUGUCACUUUUGAAUUCCCUUUUUGUUUUCAGUAGUGCUUUGGACACGUUACAUUUCAGUUUUUUUGUAGUAUUUAGAGAAAUUCUGAUUCAGUGUUUAAUUAAUAAAAUAAUAGCUUAUUAAAUGAUCUACAGCUGGGCUCUAACAUCUUUGCCUGAGACAAAUUGGGUAUUAGGAAGAAUUCAAUGAUGAGUGGACCAGCAGCUCUUUUAGUUUUUAGCACCUGCAGCCCGAGGGAAUGACUGCUUUCACUGCCUGGGAUCACACCGCUCAAUAUGUGUUAACAGAAGGCUCUGAGAUGUUGUGGCUGCUGCUCUGUCUGCUUCCUCCCGUGAGUUACGGCAGGAUCGUCGCCCAGAACAACGCUCACACCGAAAGACACAACCAUGAGGCGACUGGUGGCACCACGACAAGGCCUCACAUCUACUUCUGCCGCUCGCCAAACAUGGAGGACUUCACCUGCUGGUGGCAUCCACUCAGCAACCUGACAGAUGGAGAGGAAGUCACCCACAUCCUCACCUACUCCAAAGAGAAGGAAGCCAAACUGGAAUGUCCAGACUAUGUGACUGGCGGCCCCAACAGCUGCCACUUUGACAGCAGCCACACAUCUAUAUGGAUGGUGUACUGUUUGACCGUGACCGCCAUAACCACCCACAGAAACUACACCUCCAAGCAGCACUGCCUGGACGUGGCGGAAAUAGUUCAGACGGAAACACCAGUCAACCUGACCUACAACCUGACAGACGUCGGUGGUGAUGAAAUGGGCCACAAUGCGCUGAUCUCCUGGACCUACCCGGUGCCUGCCCAUGUGCAGUACGGUUGGAUCACGCUGGUCUAUGAGCUGCAGUACAGACGUAUUACCGAGCCAAACAACUGGAAGGUGAAGUAUCCUCUGCGUGAGCCUCAGGUGGAGCUGCUUGGACUCCCGGUGGACGACUACGUGGUCCGAGUUCGUUGCCGUGCGCAGCACUCCAAGCUGUGGAGUGACUGGAGCGCCACGCUGGUGAUGAGCAUCCCCCCGAGGCAGUCUGCAGGUAAAUUGCUGGUGCUGAUUCUGGUGACUGGAGUUGGCGUUGUGGCUCUGCUUGUUAUCACCUUCAGUAUUGUUCUACAAAGCAAGAGAAUAAAAGAGUACUUCCUGCCACCCAUUCCAAAGCCACGGAUCAUCGGGAUUGACCCAUUGCUCCUGAAGAAGGGGAACUUGGACGAAAUCAACCGCCACUUCAGUAACUUCCACAGCUACAGGCCUCCAAGCUACUCUGAGGAAGUCUGGGACCACGUCAGCACUGAUGACAUCUAUCUCACCACACCGAAGCACAGCAGCGAUGCACACAACCCUUCGGAAUCAGAGAGGGACACCUUAAUAGUUCCCUGCAACCCGGCGCCCUUAGAAGUGUCCACCCGGCAUCAGCUCACAGCUCUAAACCCAAACUCGUACAUGCAGAAUGUGCCACCUUACUGCUCUUUACCCAAUGAAGCCUUCACCCCACCUCUGAGUAUUCCUUCCCCGUGGCCGAUGCCAGAGAUCGUAUCACUGCCCCGGACGGACUACAGCAUGAUGGAACAUCCCAGCCUUUCCAACACCAUCCCCACUCCAGACCUCACUUUCAGCACCAGCCCCUCACCGCAGGACUUCUACACCUGUGUCCAGCUCUUAAAUGAAAGUGGUGAGGUGCAUCUAGUGCCAUGCUUGCCGCCGCCAUACUGCAGGGAGUUCCCACCUCUCCCAAGGGCUAAUUUAGAUACUGCAGAGAAGGAGGAGAAAAAGAAGACAACCAACCACCAAACUAGGAAGAAUGAUGGUGGCAACUCUGAGAAGAGUGAGGCGGCUGUCCCUCUGCUGCCUGUUGCUGUUGACAACAGUGGCUGAGUCACAGGAAGGAGAUCCAUAAACUUUGAGAAAAUGCGUCUAACGCAGAGACUUUUAAAAUAUGCAAAGUAAAAUCUCCUGUAACCUGCUGGUUUGACUGGAAAGAGAUACUGUUCUGUUCCACACCAUUCAAGCUUCAAAGAAGAAGAGCACCUGGUUGACUUAACAACAGGAAGUAAAUCUGCAAGCUCAAAGAGCCUUUUUUUUAGCUUGCUAACAUCCUGAUCUAGUAUUGGAAACCAUUUAAAAGACUAUGGACCAACAAUACUGAUGCAAUAAAGAACAUUAUGUUUCGAUGACCAACAUUUGGGCCCUCACAGUAUUGAAACUGAUCAUUUCAAAGACACUUGGCUAAAUUUUAAGCUUCACAUGCACUAUGCUAGAGCUAAAAUCAAAGAAAUCAAUGGUUAAGAGGAAAAAAAUCAAGACUAAAUUAAUACAAGCAAGCACGUCAUCCACAAAAGCUGGAUUUCCUGAUGAGAUUAACACUGAGCUCUAUUUAUGGGUAAUGGAGUUCAUCAAACUUGAGGAAGCGUAACUGUAAAUAAAAUAAUAUAAAUGUCACUUUACCACUCGCUGCUUUUCCCCAAAGCUUCUCAUUCAGGGUUGUAUGUCUUCUCAGGAAAAAGUGCAAUCUGAUGUUGAAGGGUGUUUGAUUUACGGGGAUUGUUUAACUUUCAUCCCACUGUUUUCUCUAUCAGUGUCAUUAAAGCAACAUCUGGUGCAUAUUACACAUAUAUGUUACAAAGCUGUAAAUAUGGCAAUCUUCAUGUCCAGGAUAUCAACUUAUUCCAUUGUGUAGUACUUACAUGUGCCGGCCUUGUAGGGGAAUAUUUGCAUCACACUCUGCAUCACUUCCAGAAUGUGAGUCUGGCACAUUUCAGUGGGUGUCCCAGACUGGGGAGGAAUAAAAAAA